AUGGGAAGAGCGGUCCGGAGCUUCGCUUCGCGCGACGACGACCGGGCCCGCGGGUUCAACUCCGUGCUCGGGGCGAAGCAGGGCAAGAAUGCCCGGUUCCGGAGGGACGAGGCGCUUUCCGCUAAGGGCGUCGAUCCCGUGGGAGAGGCCCAUCUUCACAACCGUGAAGCAGAAAGGAUCUACAGGGAGCUGACCCGCGAGGCGGAGGAGCGCUACGCGGCCGAGAGGGCCGCAGCUGCAGCUGCGGAGAAAGCGGCGGCUGCCGCUGCUAAGAAAGCAGCGGCCGCGGUCGUCGUACCAGGCGUCGUCGCGGCCCCGGAUGCGAACGAUGAGUUGGUUCACCAGGGCGAGGAUGAUACCGCGGACGCUGCCGUAGCCGAGGAAGGGGAUGGCGACGAGAACGACGACACGGAGGAAGAUGAGGACGAGGGCGGGGAUGUCCUCAUCGCCGUGAACGCGGCCUCCGACUCCGUCUUGGGCGAGAAGGACAUCGACGAAGAGGCCAAGCGCGCCGACGCUGCGUUCGACCCCAUCGCCGUCAACGCGGCCACCGUCUCCGCCGUGGACAAGGAGGACGAUAAGGAAGUGCUGAAGCGCGCGUCCGCCGUGGGCGAGAUAAACGACGACAAGGGCGUCGCCUUCGUCAGGGAGGCGAUGGUCGCCUCCGCCGUGGGCGCGGACAAGGAGGAGGAGGUGCAGGCCACCGGCAACACCGCAGGCGUCGCCGAGGAAGGGGACGGCGAUGAGGGAGGCGACACGAAGGAAGAUGAGGACGGGGGCUGGGGCGAGGACAUCCUCGUCACCGUGAACGCGGCCUCCGACUCCGCCUUGGACGAGAAGGGCGUCGACGAAGAGGCCCAGCGCGCCGGCGAAGCUGCGGUCAUCUUCGUCGCCGUCAACGCGGCCGCCGUCUCCGCCGAGGACGACAAGGAAGAGCUGAAGUGCGCGUCCGCCGUGGUCGAGAGGAACGACUACGAGGAGGGCGUCGCCUUCGUCAGGGAAGCGUCGGUCGUCUCCGCCGUGGGCGGCGGGGACGAGGAGGCGGAGCAGUGCACGGGCAACACCGCAGGCAUUGCCGUGGCCGGUGACGACGAGGAGGGGCACGGCGCGGCCAACGCCGCGGGCGUCGCCGUGGCUGUGGACGCGGCCUCCGCGCCUUCGUCUACAAGGGCGACCAAGUUCUGA